AUGGGGAACUGUUCACAGUGUUUAAGAGAUGGUUCUCAUCACAACUCCAAGAAUAAGAGCUCUGUCCACAGCACUCACCUCAGUACACAUAAUGAUGAGCAGUAGCAAACACCGAGGUACACUAAAGUGACUAUUGAUUAAGUUUUUGAGGAUGGAGGAGAGGAACUGGGAUAUCUCGGUCAAGUUGAUAAUGACUAAAUGAUGACUUUCACAGUUCACUUUUAUAAUAUAAGGUUGCUAAGCUUUAACGUGAGAGACGAAAUGUUUUUGAUGUGCGAUAUUGAUGAGGACACUCGUCAGAGAUUAAAAGACAACAUGAAAAAAAACAAGGAGAUUGAAUCUGUCCAGAAAGAUCAUUAGUCUUUCAAGUAAUCACCUUCAUGGCCUGCUUUGGUGACUGAGAUUGUGGAAUCAAAUGGAAUCAGAUGGAAAACGCAGCCAUUUGUGUUAGACAAAGAAGGUAAUCAAUAGACAACCACUUCAAAUUUGAAUGCAAAUACCAAGAUAUUUGGAAGAAAUGCGUCAUUAUGGUAUAUUCCUCAAUAAUACUUUUUGGCAUUGGCUUUAGGCCCUAAGCAUUGCGAUUUUGAGAUGAGAAAUUACAAGUCGAAAAGGUCUCUUGGUAGAUUGGCAUUUGAUGUUAGCAUUAAGUAGCUUUAGAACAUGGAACUAUCACUACAGGAGUUAAGGUGUAAGUUGAACUAUAAAGAAGAGAAACCAAUAUUUGGGUAUUUUAAAUUCAUAACCAACCAUGGAGCUCCAAAGGUGAGUGAACCUACUUACUCUUAGAUAGGCAGAUACAAAAAAGAUAAAAAUCGAACUACAUUUAGGUGGCAUAUUGAUGAUGAUCCAACAUCAAUACCAAAGACAUCACAGACUGUUUCACUUGAAAGCUUGAAAUACGCUACUUUGUUGAUAGGUGUAAAGGUAGACAGAUUCUACUCUGAGGCAAUUCAUGAUUUAGUCAUUCAAAAGUUGAGCCUUGCCAAAAAGUUAAGAGGAUAAGUGCACCAGGAAAGUGAGAGUUCUGAAGCUCAUACACACAAUAAUGAAGCAGAGAUAUAAAUAUAUGUGAGAGAAUAGCAGAAUUCUGAGUAAGAAUAAACAGAUUUUUUCAAAUCUAACAGAUCAAGAUAAGAAAGUGAAAGCAUGCUCAUGCUGUAAACUUCAGAAGUGCUUAACAAAAACAGUUUAAACAAUGAAAAGUUAUAAUAAAAUUAUCUGCAAGUUAACUAGCCAAAGCAUUCAUCUGAUGUAAUGAAUGAUUAGAAACAUUAGGAAUAGCUUAAAGAAUUAUGGACAAGAAUUAGCAUGAACAAUAUCCUCAAAAACCCUUUACAGAGCUCUUAUGAUAAUCUGGAUGAGAUGGUCAUCGAUAAAAAGGUAAGGAAAUCAAAGACUUUUGUGAAUAAAAAGAGUAAGACGUCAGUCAUCAUUGAUGGGGCUGACUAUUAUAAGAAGUAUAAUGAAAUAGAGGACAACUCAAGAAGUUUGGCUUUUAACUUUGUGGGAGAAUGUUACCUAGGAAUAUCAAAGCUACUGUAAUCUGAAUAUAGAAACUAUGAUAGAAGAGAUUCCAAUAUACUUUAGGGAUAGCUAAACAAAUCGCUUAAGCAAUCACACUCAAAUGGAUCAGGUAACUUAAGGAGUAACUCAAUAUUAGAGAAACUUAAUUAGGCUAUCCAUUUUAAUAAUGAACCUCAUUCUAAGAAAUGUAAGCAUGACAUUAAGGAAUUUGAGGAGUAAAUUUGGGCUAUGGGUAAGAUAAUUGGAACACUUUCUGGCUCUUUUAUCUUAUCUAACGUCCCUGUCAUACAAUAAAUGGCUUUAGGAAUACUGACUGAGACUGGUAUUGUAAUGAAUGCUGCACCAAUUAUCAUAGAAGAUAAGGAUUUGUCAAUGAUGGGAUUGACUAGGAAGAAAUUAAGGAAUGAGUAGAUCAGUUAGCUGAUUGAUUUAACAAAGAGGCUUAAGAAAAUAGAUAGCUUUAAGACUAAGAGACAAAUAUAUCAGACUUAUAAUGAUAAGGAGAGAAUAUUGAAUGAUAUGAUUAUACUGCUGUCAGAGUCAGAUAAAACUGUCCAAGGGCAUAUGUACAAGUACGUUGAUGAUUUCGAUUUGAUAAGAGCUCAGCAAGCAAUGAUAGAAUUGGCAUUUCACUGCUUAUUGAUGGCUGAGAGUGUCAGAUAUGAAUUUAAAAGAGAUUACUAUGAAAUACUUUCACAGAUAUUUAUGAGAGAUGAACUAAAACUGACCAAUCUCAGUUUAGUUGGGACAAACGCCAGAAAUCCAAACUUUCGUUUCUUUGAAACAGAUGGUGAUAAAUCUUCUAAAAUGGAAUCUAGAGAUCAGUCGUUUAUUAAAGUACUUUCUCCUACUAAUAAGGAUAAAUCCCCAAUUAUCUUAAAUACUGGAAGAAGGAAUGAAAGCUAGACAAGAAACAAUUCAAAGCUUGAUAAAGCAGAUGAUGAUUCUAAGGAAAAGAUAAAAUAGGAGAAGAUUAAGGUAGCCUCAUUCUAUUAAAAGCUGCUCUAUCAAAUACUAGAUGACUGUUUAAAUAAAUUUUGCAGAAGAGAUGUAGAACCUUAUUUGAAGUCUUAUCUUGAGAUUUGCAUUUCAAUAGCCUUUUUCAGAGUGCCAAAAUUCUAAGAGAUAUUCCUUAAAUGCAUUUCAGAACAUAUAGAUUAUAAUGUACCAGAAUGGAAAAAUGUUAAUUGGAAUAUUGAUGAGGAGAGCAUUAGCUUUUAGCUAGGUAUACUCUCUCUCUUUGAUUGGGAAAUAAACUUUCAUAACUUGAUUCCAGAUACAUUAGACUAGCAAGAAAAUCUAAAGCUUCUGAAAAGGAUUGAAGGUAAUAAGAAAUGGCAAAAAAGGGUGAAGAAGAGAUCCAUCGCUUACUUUCAGAUUAUAAGAAGAUGGACAGAUAUCAUUAACUAAACUGUACUUACUCAUUCCUUGUUCUGGCAGGAUAUUCCUGGCUACAAAAUAAUAGUAAAGUCUAUUAUCCUCGAAAUGAAGGCUAGGAAUGUAUCAGAUUAUCCUGAUUCACUUAUCGAAGCCAUUUAAUCUCUACUAUAAAACACCCAACUUCUGACAGUUUUCACCAAUAUUAUAUUUGCUAAAACAAAUGUAUACGAUUCAUUGACUUUGUGCAAUACAAUGACUAUGGCUUUGUAAUGGAUUAAUCACAUUGAAAGAAUAGGGUUGAGCUUCCCCUCAAAUUUUGACUUUAAUUACUUCUUCUAAGGAAUAUACAUAGCUCUAGACAUAGAUCAUUCGAUUUCUACUCCAAGGACAUUAUAUCUGAUUUAUAGAACAAUGCACUUUUUCCCAUUAGACCAAAGAAUAAUCAUAGUCUAGUAACUUCUGAAGAGAUACUUCUAUUAGUUAAUUUUCAGUUGGAGUUUUAACAUCAGAGACAUAUUCAUGUCCUUGUUUCUUUAUUAAAUCGAGUAUUAGUUUAUCAAUAAAAAUACUCAGCAGCAUUUGAAUAUUAAAGCUAUCAAUAGUACUUUUACACCAAAUGCAUCUACCAUUGAGUUGAUAUAGACAUCUUAGGAGGAUGAGUAGCAAAUGAAACGAUUAAAGCAGAAAAGGAGGCAAAAUUUGGAAUAGAUGGAGGUUUAGCUUUCAUAGUACGAAUCAAUAGUUGAAUAGAAUCCAAAUGAAGCUGAGGAGUAAUUUGACCAAUCUCUAUCAAUGACGUCUAAAAUCAGAAUAGUGACUGAAAUUGGUGGAAUCAAUGUAGGGACUAAUAUCAAAACCUAAUAAGUUGAGUAGUAACCAGCAAUUACCAGGCAAUUAAGUGAUGACCGUAAAACUAAUCCUGACAGGAGAAAAUAAUAUGACUCUGGCCAAGUCCUCUAAUCUAUGUUCAGAUAGAAACUAAAAGAGCUCCAAAUUCUUGAGGAGCAUUACACUUAAUGUAAAAGCCCCAUAAAAUAAAGCAUGAAAGACAUCAGCACAAUGACAACCUCUUCAUAAGGUACAUCUGAACUAAAACAUCUGGAAUAUGAUAGCAAUACAUAUGAAAAGAUUGUCUAAAACAUUCCUCAGCAACUUAGAGUUUACAUUCCAGCGUAUUAUUCAAUUUUAAUUAAUGAUAUAAUUAGAGCUUUGAAUGACUUUUCAAGAUAAUUGGAAGAUUUUGAGAGAUGGAAAACAACUUAAGCUACAUUCAACAAUGACAUUAUCCUGGUCUUGCCAGAAUUCAACAUGGAGAAGAAUAUGCCAGUAGAAGACGAUGAAAACCUUGCUAAGAAAGAUGAAUGGUGA